AUGGCAGACACAAUUUCUCUCUUCUCAGUAGCCAUUUUUGCCAUCUCCAUAACCAUGGUUUUACCUUUAAGUAAUGGCACCCGGAGGCUCACCAACAGCGACAAUGUUGUAAAUCCCUUUUGCAGAACUGCUGAGAACAAUUCACUGUGCACUUCAAUCGUCAAUGGAGCCAGGACUUGGACGUCAGCAACAGUCAAUGCCAUCUCCAUAACCCUAAAAAUAGCAACACAAGGGAGGCCCAUAUUUGAUGAUCUCGUGGAAAAGCUUCGGGAUACUGACUUAUCAAGGAUCUCUAAAGAGUCAGUAGGACAUACUUGUAAUGAAGUUUAUGAUUUCGCCAUUGAGUGCCUACAAGGAGCCUUGGUUGACCUAAAGUAUGGGUACAUAGACCGUUUGGCAACAAAGCUCCUAUCAGUAACUGGCCCAUCUUUGGAGUGCAUCAAUUUGGUUGGAUCAUUUCGCCUUAAAAUCUGCCGAUUGAUCCCCAAUGUCCUCUAUUUUUGCAAGAUGGAUAAUUCUUUUAGAGGAAAGACUGUUGAUUUCUUUUAUAUGAUCUUAUUUGGUGCCAUUAUUUUGAUCACGUUUGUACUUGUUGGAGGGAUUUCUUUUAAGAUAUCGAUCGUGAUUCCAAAUCUCACAGGCUCGGCAAUUCCUCUUCUAAUGGCCUUUUGUAACUGUGAUGGCAACACUCGUUUCUUUCUUCUUAGGCUAGUGGAAACAUUCAAGAGAACUUAAUUUAGAGAUGAAAGUCAUCUUCAUCAACUUCCUAAUUGCCAAAGGAACCAAAGUCUUCAAAGGACGGUUGAUUCAGUUGUGAACAUCGAAACAUUUGGAACGAAGUCUUCAAGAGAAAGUCAUUUGCAUUUGUUGAAGCCUUAUGUGACCGGAAUUCAAAUAAUUUGGUUCUCAUUUUUAUGUUAAGUCUCUUGGGUAUGGGCAACGCCCCAAGGGGCGUUAUUUGGCGUUAUAACACGCAAACACCGCCCUCCUUCCCCGUUAUUAGGUGUUAUACGUAUGUGCGUUGCUUCCCGUUACCACCAUCACAUUCCAUAACGCCGUUUUUUUGUCUUUUUCUCAAUAAUGCCGGUGUGGGCGUUGCCCACACCUACCAGUCUAAGGGAUGAAAUCAAUGCAAUCCCCUAGUGCGAUUUCUUGUUUCCUUGAUUCCAACAUGUACCUCGUUCCCCUUGGUUAUGUUAUUUAAAAAUUUGGUGG